UACGAAACAAAAAAAAACAGUAUAUUUGCUAAUUAAAAAUGUUUAAAAUCAAUGUGUGUGUGUGUGUCACACUGUGAUGAUGAACCUGCUGUAUUUAUGCAUUAAUUAAUUCCUCAGAUACUGAUAAUAUUGUAUUUUGUCUCUGCAUGUAAGUGUAUUUGCCCUAAUGAAAUUGUGACAACUUGCCCCAACCUGAGAUUUAUGAUAAAAUAACCUGCUGAAAAAAGCUUGUGUCCCAGUUUUAGAGGGUAUUUGGAGACCAUCUUCAGCCAGUUAAACCAUUUUAGACAGAUUUUAGACUUUUGUUUCUGCUCAAAUCUAACACAUAUAUUCGAGAUAUAUGAGAUAUAUUCAGUUUUACCCAAUAGAUCAUGUGGAAAAACAUACAUCCGUCUCUUCUAUUUAUAAUCUUGACUCUUUAAAUGCAUUACUUCACUAAGUCGAAUUGUCUCGUAGCAUCAUCAUCAUCAUCAUCAUCAUCACGCAUCAGCAGUAAACCGGAUUGAUUUCUCCGCUGCGGUGCGCGUGUCUGGCGCGCGCUCACGACCGGCUCGUUUAUAGCGUCUGCUGGUGUCUGUGGACGCGCAGACUCGUGAGCCACUGAGUUUAAUGUGUGAGAGCACUCAAUAGAGAGCAUGCCUGCCCUAGUUAGUCAGAUUUGAGCAGCGCUCUCAGCCUCUGGGAAGAUGCAGGUUGAACUUGAAGCGCAUCUCCAGAUCUUAUUGGCUGUUGGCUUAGCCGUUCUCUGUUUCUGCCUGGUGAUUGGCUGCAUAAUCUGUUGCUGGCAUCGGAAGUCCCAUCCCACGGAUGACAAGGAGGCGGGGCUAUCCUUACCUCCUCUACCUGCAGAUCAUGUGACGGUGACUCUCAGCCCCUCCCCUUCCAUCAACACCCUGCCAAUCAAACAGCAGUAUGAGGAACUGGACGGAGACGUCCUGGACUAUCCCUCAUUCAACAGCAGCUCAACACCGUCAGAGGACGAUCUUUCCUUCACAUCUCUUUCGGGACCUCCGAAGUCUCAUUUCACUCUACGGCGGCUCAGUUCCCCCGUCGUUUCAUCGAAACCCACUAAACCUGCCGUUCGUGUUCGUUCCUCGCUCCCAAACAUUCCUAAACUCAGCCUAAAGUCACAAAAGCGCAAGAAUGGUAACAUCUCGUAUACGGAAAGCAGCAGGCUUAAAGCCGAUAACAACCAACAUUAUGGCUCCAACUCUCACAAACCCACACCAUCCCUUCACUUCACUUUACUUUUCUCACCGUCGGAGGGCAAACUCACCGUCACCAUUCUGGGUCUCUAUCGGGGUUCAAGGAAACUGAGUGGAGCCACAGUCAGGGCGUGUCUGCCUCCGCUCUGCCCCACGCCGCUUCAGGACGGCCGGACGCGCAGGCGCAGCCUCAGUCCAGACGCUCCUGCGCAGGUGUUCCAGCUGCAGGUGAGAUCGGCAGAGGAGCUUCAGACCUGCACCCUCAGACUGAUCGUGUCCAGCAGGGAUUUCUCAGGUCUGAGGGAGACGGCUGUGGGCGAACUGGAAAUGGCAUGUGCAGAAAUCCACUGGGAACCCGAUUCCACCGUCACCUUCAAUUGUCAGCUCAACCCUGCGAGGAGGAGGCUGAGGAAGGUAUUAGAGGAGCAGUGUGAUAGAGUGACAGACAUAUUGAAACAGAGUCAGAGCUCUCAUGAUGGAGUGGGGGACAUCAGGGCUUCUGUGUGUCCUGUGCGAUUUCUGGGACAGAUCCUGAUUCUGCUGCAGUAUCAGACGCUGGCGCAUCGCAUGAAGGUGAUGGUGCGGAAAGCUGAGAACCUGCCCAAACUCACCCGGAUGCCUGGGACUCCAGAUCACUAUGUUGUGAUCAACCUGCGUCAGGACGGCAAAGUCAUCAGCACUAAAGAGACGAAGGGCGCCAGUGGAGCGAAUGCGGUUUGGAACGCACCCUUCCUGUUCGACCUGCCGGCCGGUGACAUCAGCCGACUGCCGCUGCUCCUGGAGCUCAUCGUCAUGCAGGGAAGGCUGUACACGAAAAGUUGCAUUCUGGGUCGUGUUCUGAUUGGCUACGAAGGCUCCGAGGCGGGAAACCAGCACUGGAGUGAGAUGUGCAGCAGGGCGCAGGUCGAGACGGCGUACUGGCAUGAACUCCAACCAGACACCUCAUAGGCCAGCAACGCUUGAUUGACAUGCCCCGUAACCAAUCAGAUCGCUCCGUUACAUUUCUCAUUUCACAAUGGAGGCCACUAACUGUGGAACCUGGUUUGAGGACUUGAGGAACGUUUUCUGCUGAAUUUGUUUGCAAAUAUGAUUAGUUAGUUAAAACAUCAGCUGAUUUUGCACUAGUGAACUGGUCAGUCUUGUUCCUGUAAACUAAAACUUUGACGAUUUUGUGGUGUUAGUGUCAUUGUGCUGCUUGUAGUUUUUGGUCCUGCUUUAGUGUUUGUUUCAAUAUCUUUAUACCGCGGUAUGACACAUCAAAUGAAGGUGAUGGUUUGAAAGAUGACCAGGAUUCUUGUAAUCCCAGUUAAUUCAUUGAUUUAGUGUUUGUUUCACCUGUCGAUCCCUUCAUGCUGUAGAUAUCUGUGUUGAAGUGUGAGAUUCAGAGCGCAUGCAAAAUCGCAAGUCACAUCUAAGAAAAUAAGAUGCAACCAAAUAUUCAUGACUGAGUGUGGCCAAAUUAAAAAAAUCUGAUGAUAAAUGCAAUGCAUAUCAGUUAAAGUGAUAGCAAUGGUGGAUAGAAAGAAAGAUGAAUGUCGAGAUCCACUUGGUUUGCAAAUUUAGCUAUUUUUAAACCCCCAAAUGCUCACUGAAGUGGAAACGGAAGUCACAGACUGUAAUUUAAUGCAAGUGCAUGCAUGCAGAACGGCCUUAUUAUGCAGUCGGAAUGUGUCUGUCACUUUCUGAAUAUUUGUCUUUUUGCAUUGGAUCAAGAUUUUAAUGUGCAGACUGAAAUAAAUGAGCUCCAAUAUGAA